CGCAUGCGCCUGCGGCGGCCAUGUUCCCGUGUGCCUGAGUGUGGUGACUGAUCGCCGGUGUCUCGCUCUCUCGCCUCCUGUGUCCCGGAUCCUCUUCCCGCAUCCACCCCGGAGCUCCCAGGCCGAGCGGAGGAGACGGCCCAAAGGAAAGAGCUGACGAGGUUCAAGAGUAGAAGGAAAACAUUAAACCCAUAAAAUGUCUCGAAGAUAUGAUUCCAGAACCACUAUAUUCUCGCCAGAGGGUCGCCUGUAUCAGGUGGAAUAUGCCAUGGAAGCGAUCGGACAUGCCGGCACCUGCUUAGGAAUCUUGGCGAACGACGGCGUCUUGCUGGCAGCCGAGAGAAGGAACAUCCACAAACUCCUGGACGAAGUUUUCUUCUCAGAGAAAAUCUAUAAACUGAACGAUGACAUGGCUUGCAGUGUAGCUGGGAUUACCUCCGAUGCUAACGUGUUGACAAACGAACUGCGAGUAAUUGCUCAAAGGUACCUGCUACAGUACCAGGAGCCCAUCCCGUGCGAGCAGCUGGUGACCGCCCUGUGCGAUAUUAAACAGGCUUAUACGCAGUUUGGAGGCAAGCGUCCGUUUGGCGUCUCCCUGCUGUACAUCGGGUGGGACAAGCACUACGGCUUCCAGCUGUAUCAGAGCGAUCCAAGUGGGAAUUACGGGGGCUGGAAAGCCACGUGUAUCGGGAAUAACAGCGCAGCGGCUGUCUCCAUGCUGAAACAGGACUUCAAGGAAGGAGAAAUGACCCUGAAGUCAGCGCUAGCUUUAGCCGUUAAAGUCCUUAAUAAAACCAUGGAUGUCAGCAAACUGUCUGCAGAGAAAGUGGAAAUCGCCACAUUAACACGUGAGAGCGGGAAGACGAAAAUUCGAGUCCUGAAACAGAAAGAAGUGGAGGAAUUAAUAAAACUUCACGAGGAAGAGGAAGCAAAGAUAGAACGGGAAAAGAAAGAGAGGGAACAGAAGGAGAAAGACAAGUAAUAAGUGGGGGAGAUGCGCUGGUUAAUUAUUUUUUUUCCUGUUAAAAUCUGUAUUUCCUGACUUUCCACAGCCAGAUUCUCAUCACUGAAUGAAUUUCUACCACAUCUGGCGGCUUUUGGUUUUGUUUCUGAAAUAAAACUGCAAUUAGUUUUUCUUAAAA